CGGCCGGGCGCAGUUCAGUUUUUCCUUGCAGCUCUAGCGUCUAGCGCAAGCCAAAUCUACCCGCCGCUGCUGAUUGGACUUCAAAGUGGGUGGAUGGCGAUCGGCUAGUUGAGAGUGCUUGUGGUUUUAGUUUCUUUUUUUUUCUUCUGUUUUUGCAUCCAACAAAUUUGGAUAAGCGUCGUCGUCGUCCACACGGAUUUCAGGGGAAUCACUUACGGUUUCCGGGGUGGACAGGAAGUUCAAAUUUUGAGUUCGCGAAACUAGCACAUGUUGGUGCAAUGUUCGAAGUUCUAUCAACAACGUCGUCGGUUUAAGUGUAGCUGCUGCACUUGAGGGGUGUAGCUUGCCUUUUUUCAUUUGCGCCUGAAUUAAGUGAUUAUGAGAGUGUAUGGUUCUUUGUCUUGGGGCCUGAGUCGUCGUCGAGAUUGAUGAUCUCUCGAAGUGUUCUUAUCUUUUUUGAGUCGAUUUCGCGUCCUAGACGCAGCAUCUCUCUAACGUAUGAGCAGAACAAGGCGCCAUGUUCUCGUAGAAUUGAGCGAUUCAAACCAAGCAGCAAGGUCGAGAGCUCUUACAACUGACCUAAUUCAGCCUGACUUAAGCUGAAACCUAUAAGCACUGGACCACAAGGAAGCACGAGAAGCAGAAAAGGAGAAAAAGGGGGGACACGAAGAAGAGCAGUUCGCUGAUCGGAGCUUAGCGAAGUCCCCUCGGGGGUGCUUCCCACUUGGAAGAGGCCAGAGACGAGCGUAGGCUUCAGUCAGUUUUCUUCGUCCAGUUUUCAGUUCCACCUGGUUGAAGACCCUCUAGCCCGUGCAUAAUGUGCAAAACGACAGCAAGUCGUGUGUGCCAUCAAGUCUCGAAUAGAUUAGGUUGACUCAAGGCAUCAACACCCGAGCACUGGUUCAAAGUCCAGACCAAAGAUAAGUUGCUGUUUUCGGGGCUACCGAUUAAUCCCUCGGAUUAUCAAUACCUUGGGACCUUGAACUGACUGACGCCGGAGUUCAACCGAGCGUGUACUUUUGCUCCAAAUGAGCUGAGCCCUCCCUGAUCCACAUUACAACACGGUGUAAUUGGUGAAGCUCCAUACGGGCUGGUGUAAAGAAAGUAUCGUUUCGAGAAAGUUUUUUAAAUCAUUUGAGUCGUCUUCGUCGCGUCGUGAAGAAGUCACUGGCUGUAUUCACAGUUGUAUAUUUUUAGAAUCGUUGGCCUCGUGGCGAAUGUGGUUCCGCGAUUGUAAGAAUUUUCUGCGCUCGCGGUGAAAGCAGAGAAAGUUCAUUAGCCGGGGACCGAUUAAUCGAGUGAGUAAAAAAAAAAUCAGUGAAUCGACUAAGAAAAAAAUCAAACAAAAAUGACAGAACAUUUUGAGAUGAGUAGCACCAGCAGUGCUGAAGGCCACAGUUCCGAGGGAAGUUGUAGCCGGCAAAUGAUUGCGCCUUUGGCGGAAAUUGAAGAUUGCAUUGUGACCACCAAUGAGGAACAACAACAACUGGAAAACGACCAGCUACAUCCACCCGUGGUUAAGAGGCCCAAAAAUUUGGCCCUGGAGCCGUUGAAGAUUCCGGUGCCACCGGGAAAGUUCGAUAACAGUCCCAUGGGUGGGGGUGGAUCGACGGCUAGUUCCCUGGCGGCGGCGCGACUCUUCAAACCGGUUACUAUCAGCUUCAAAAAUUUGUCCUACUCGGUGCGAACCGGCAUUUUUCGGAAAGGUCGUGACAUACUGAAAAAUAUCAACGGCGAAUUCCGAGCCGGAGAACUGACAGCCAUCAUGGGACCUUCUGGAGCCGGCAAGAGCACUUUGCUCGAUAUUUUGGCGGGCUAUACAGAAAGCGAUUUCACCGGAGAAAUCUUCAUCAACAGGCAGCAGCGGGAGCUGAAACAGUUCCGGCGCCAGUCAGCCUACAUCAUGCAGGCCCACGAUCUGCAACCGCAUCUGACCGUCCUGGAGGCGAUGCAUUUCUCGGCCAAUCUCAAAAUCGGAACCGAACUCAGCCCGGCCAGCAAGAAAAUAAGGAUGAACGAAAUCCUCUGUGCCAUAGGCUUGCAGGAGCACAAAAAGACCCGCACCGCCAUGCUUUCCGGGGGUCAGAAGAAACGCCUCGCCAUUGCACUGGAGAUCGUCAAUAAUCCACCGGUGAUGUUUUUCGACGAACCCACCAGUGGCCUGGACAAUUCCACCUCCAAGAAGUGCGUUGAGCUGCUCAAACAGCUGGCCCGCGAAGGCCGAACCAUAGUCUGUACCAUCCAUCAACCGUCGGCCCUGCUGCUGAACAUGUUCGACCAUCUCUUUACGGUGGCCGAGGGCCAAUGCAUUUACACCGGGGCCAGUGCCAAUAUCGUGCCAUUCCUGAAGGAGAUCGACAUCGUUUGCCCGGAGUACUACAGUCCGUCCGAUUUCUUAUUAGAAAUAGCUACCCACGACUACGGGCGUCUUAACGAUAAGCUAGUGGCCAAAACGGAUAACGGCAGAAGUACCAGCUACCGGAAUCGGGAACCAUUUACACCAUUCCUGUUGCCAAUCGUAGAGUCACCUGUAACCCUCGACCUUCCAUCGCCUCUUCCUGCCAGCAAGGAGGAAUCUCCAUCCCUAAAUCAGUCAUCGGCACUUGCCAAACCAAAGAAACUUGCCAAAAAGCUAUCGUUUAAUCCGGAAAAAUGGUGCGGAAGGGACGAAGUCUACACUACCAGCUUCUGUCGACAGUUUUCGUUGCUGCUGCUGAGGACUUUUCUGAUACUGAGUCGAGAUCGGUCGCUUAUGACGAUGCGAUUCAUCAUCCACUGUACGAUCGCUCCCCUGAUCGGAAUGCUGUAUUUGGGCAUCGGUAAUCAGGCGGCACAGGUGUUCAACAACUUCAACUACGUGUUCUUCUCGAUCAUGUUCCUGAUGUUUACGGCGUUCAGUUCGAUGACUAUGGCAUUCCCCCUGGAGCUUCCGAUCAUAACGCGGGAGCACUUUAACCGAUGGUAUUCGUUGCGGGCCUACUACAUCGCCAUGACGGUGGCCGACAUUCCGAUUCAGAUGCUCUGCACCGUGACCUACAUCGUGAUCACCUACUACAUGACUGGACAACCACCGGAAGCCUUCCGGAUAACACUUUUCACCGUCAUUUGCCUAAUGGUGGCCUGGGUUGCCCAAGGAUUGGGCAUUCUGGUGGCAUCGCUUUUCAAUGUGAAGAACGGAGCCAUCUUUGGACCGUUUUUCAUCUGUCCGUUCCUGAUCUUCAGUGGGUUCUUCAUCCACCUGAGCGAUGCUCAUCCGAUGAUGCACUGGCUGUUCUACGUCUCGUUUCUCAAAUAUGCCCUUCAAGGGGCAACGGCGGCCAUCUUUGGCUUCGAUCGGCCCAAGAUGGAGUGCGCGGAAACGGAAACCUACUGCCAUUUUGUGUUGCCGAAAAAAUUCCUAAAGGAGAUCGACAUGGUGGGAGCGGACUUUGUGGAGGCUGUGAUUGCACUGACGGUGAUCUUUUUCGUGUUCCGGGUGACGGCGUUCUACGUGAUGCGUUACCGUUUGAAGAAUAAGAGUUGAUCGGGUCCAAAGGCCAUUUCUAAGCAAGUAAGGCUGUUAUUCGAUUUGGGGCAUAUAUUUAAACAAUAUUCAACGUAUGUAUAGUUAAAAUAAUCGUGUUGACAUUCCUGUGGUAUAAAUUUAUCGUUAUCAACGGAUUUCGAAGUAUGUUGUCGGGAAAAUUUUAAUUUGAAUGCGCGGGAUAAAAUUUUAAUAAAUCACUGCUGUAUGUGAUAAUAUCAUUUUAGAAAUGUUUAUUAAAUA